AUGGACCCCUUCGUUGGGCUGGCCAUUUACGUUCUGCUUCUGCUGCUCCUCAUUUUUACUUUGAUCUUUGGUCAGAGCUCUCUGUGUGAUAAAACACCGCUCCCAAGGGUCCACUUUUUCAUUACAGAAGGUUUCUGCGAUGUAGCAGAGGCGGCGGCUCGGCGCUUCUGCGGCCGCCGCGGCACGGCGCUGUGCCACUCUGCCGGCGAGCUGUGCUUCGAGAGGUCCAACCCGGUCGUCCAGAUCCUGUUCGUGGUGCUGCUGGCCGCCUGCUACUGGGCCGCCUGGAGCUACCUGUUCCCCAUGCUGCCCCUGCCCGGCAUCCCUGCCUGGCACAAGCACACGGGCACCGCCGGCGCGCUCCUCUGCCUGGCCCUCUUCCUCGCAGCUUCCUUCUCAGACCCAGGCACCGUGACAGCCGCCAACGUGGCAGCGCACCGCGCUCUGUACCCCUGUGAUGGCCUGCUGUAUGAAGAGAAGGAGUGCCGGACGUGCGGCCUGCCCCGACCCGCACGCUCCAAGCACUGCUCCGCCUGCGGCAGGUGUGUAGCCAGGCUGGAUCACCACUGCAUCUGGAUCAACCGCUGCGUGGGGCUGGCCAACAUGCGCUGGUUCCUGGCCUUCCUGGCCGCCACCGCCGCCAUCUGCUGCUACGCCGCGGUGCUUGGGGCGCGGGUGUUGCUGGCUGACCUGGCGCAGCAGGACACUUGGAACACAGCCUUCAUCCACCCAGAGACCGGCCAGCUGGUGUAUCUGUCCGACAGCUGGCACUUCCUGCUCCACUUCCUGUCAGCCAUGUACGGCCCCCAGGCAAGGCGCAGCCCCCGCCCAGCGCCCCACCCUGCCCGGCAGGCAGCGCCCCUGGGGCUGCCACCCCCCGCCUCACGCAUGCCCGCCACGCCAGCCCCGCCCUGCGGUCGUGCUGUGGGCGGAUGCGGCGGGGCCAAGCGCCCGGGCAGCCCAUCCCUCUACCCUAGCAACUCCACCCUUCCCGCUGAAACCUGCCCUCGGGCAGGACAGAAGAUGGCGCUCACUUUCUUCACCGCGGUGGCUGGCUGGAUCGUGGCUGGCUUCCUGGGGUACCAGCUGUACCUCAUAUGUGCAGGCCUCACCACGGUGGAAAUGCACAAGCGGCGGGUGGUGGCCCUGGCUCUGGAGCUGGAGGAGGAGCAGCGGCAGGUGGAGGCGCGAGUGGAGAGGCAGCUCGCCCGUGGCGACGGCAGCGGCGGCGCCGCGGCUGCCGGCGGCCGCGAGCAGCCGGCGCGGCAGCGCCCGGCGCGCGCGGCGCAGCCCCAGGCGCGUCGUGGGCGGCCGCCGUCGCUGCCACACCGGUACGACAGAGGCGCGUGGCUGAACCUGCGGGAGGUGCUGUUCCCGCACCACCACCUGCGCCUGGCGGCGGCCGCUGCCGGCGCCCCCUCGGGGCAAGGUGCGAGCGGCAGCGGAGGCGACGGCAGCAAGAAGCAAGCGUAG